AUGCAGGACCCUCUGUCUCUAGCGAGCGAGGGCAGGCAGGAUUACAGAGAGCUCAGCAGAGCCAGCGGUGCCGUCUCUGUGUUCAACUCCAUCCCAGCGUCCAUCACAUCGAGGAUCAGCAGUGGACUUGACAAGGACAGCGUGUUGAUCGAUCCGCUGGUUCCUCAGCAAGUAGCCGGGGACACAUUCAACUACUCCUCCAGGGCUAGCCAGCCGUCGCUGUCUGAGCAGCUGCCUGAGAACAUCGGGUCUUUGAUUCAAGGGGAACGACGAGCGGAGGUCAUCCGGGAGGAGAUGAGGGCUUCGAGACGUUGGAGCGACUCCAUCGCUGACCGAGCCUCCACGCUCAACAACCCGCCUGUCAUCUACGUGCCCGAACCCCAACAGGUUCAGACAGAUCCGCUCACCACCACGUAUACGUCAUCUGCCCGUUCCAUCUCAACCAGGGAAAGGAUUGUGUUCCCCAUUCCGCAGUCGGUAAUCCAGCAAGGGAGACCUCUGCCGCAGCUAGUGGAGCAUUCGAAUGCCACCAACGAUGCAGACAAGGCCAAGUCCUUCUUCGACAAGUAUUCGUGGGUGCGCAUGGAACAAGACCUUCAGUCGUCUCAGGACCCCACCUUCAACAAGUAUAUGAGCAAGCAGGAGACAGAGAGGAUUGAAUCUAUCAUCCCCGAGAAGUCCUGGAAGCAGGAAGGCAUGAAUGAAAAAAUUGGGAAGAUGCCAAGAGAUGAAGUGUUCAAGUACUUGAAGGAAUGUGAAGAUGACUACAAGGAAAAACAAUUCCGAGCGAAACAUAUCGACGAUGGUGGACUUGCAGAGUACAAUCUGAGAGAAUCGGAGGUACGGCUGAUGGAAGCAAGAAGCAUGGCACGUGAAGAGCUCACAAAGAUCUCGAAACAGACCAGGGGGAGCAGCUCCAAUGAGAACUUUGUGCCAAAGAAGGUUAAAGGUAUUCAGAGCAUUUUGUCUGUUCACGUUCGCGAGGCUGUCGGCUUAGCUGUUCUGCUGCAAAAUCAAGCAGUCGGCGUGCACUCUCCAUGGGUCUACGUCUCAAUGUCUCUAAGGAGAGCAAAUCCUUCCUCACAGCAGAAGCAAGAGAUCACCAGGCUUUCUCGUUGCCUUCCCUACGACUUCGGACAUGCCUCGUCUUCCUAUCUCGUGCAAGGGCCUGACGGGAGGAGCAUCGAGGAAAUCGAUCUGGUCGAGACCUACAGGGAUGAGCGAGAAGACGCGAGAGGAGUGGGAGGGAUGGUCAGAUGGAACGAGACUUUUCAGCUGCGCCUCGAACAAGAAGAGUACAUAGACUCCGAGCUGAUCCUCACUGUUCACGAAGUCAAGAAGGAGGGCAUCCAUGAUCCCACGGGGAGAAUGAUCGGACAGACUAACGCCAUCUCACUCCGAGACCUCUACUCAUACGGCAGGAUGGAGGCUUGGCUUCAGCUUGCCCCCACGACAUCCUUCGUCCUCCCCUCCUCGACUGCCAUCCCUCAAGUUCGUGUGGGUAUCGAGUAUCGCGAGCUCGAGAAGUCUUGGGGGCCGACAACACUCGCAACGGACUUUCCGCCUGCUCCUGACAAGAAGACAUGGCCUGAGCUUGAAGGAGUGCCAUGCGGCGAAGCUUGCAGGAAGAUCAAACAGGAGAGACCAGAUGUGGAGAUCAAACUGCUCAAGUUCUCUCUGGACACAGACCUUCUCAUGGGGUUCGAUCUCGCUGCCGACAAUGAGCUUGGAGGAGGCGACGUGCUUGGAAACUUCACGGGCCUCUUCGGGUUCAAAUCCGAUGCCCAGAGGGUCGAGGAUGUGGAGAGAUAUCUUGCUCGCCAGCGGUUUCAAGUGCUUGUGUUCUACCAGGACGACGGGCUCGUCCGAGGCUGCCCGAGGCUCCGACGUGUGCCCGAGUGA